CCACAGGAGCACCGGAGCAGCACCGGAGCAGCGGCCAGCAGGCUAUCCACCGGGCAUUGGACACACCGAGAGACAGAGCGCUUUUUUGGGGGGUGCUCAUCCCCCGCCUCCCACACUACCCCGAGCGAUGGCAUUUACGGAUCGAUCAUCGGGAGCGCGUUGAGGCUCUGAGUGAUGCAGUCUCUGUUCGGAGGAGGGGAGCUGGGGCUGCUGGGAGGAGGCGGCGACGCAGGGGGCCUGAAGGAGGAUGGCUGCGGCAGCGUGGCGUGGCACUCCUCGCACUCCCCCGACGACGUCUACUCGGCCUCCCACUUCGCCCUCAUCUCCGCCUAUCAGGACAUCAAGACGAGGCUGGCCUGUCUGGAGCGCGAGAACACCAGUAUCAAGAGAAAGCUCAAGAUCUAUGAGAUCAAGUUCCCGAUGAUCAACGAGUUCGGGGAGGACACCAACUCCUACUGCUCCUUUGAGAGCAAGGAGACGGCGCUGCUGCAAUCAGAAAAUGGCAACCUGCAGCAGAGAGUCAACGUCCUGACCCACGAGCUCCAGAAGAGGAAGGAGAGAGAGGAGCAGCUGGAGGAUGUGAUCCAGGCCUACGAGAAGAUUCACAUGGAGAAGAGCAACCUCCAGAGGGAUCUCGACAAGAUGACCAGCCUGGUGGAGAAGCAUGUGGAGCGUAUCCUAGGCCUGGAGUCAGCUCUGAGGCAGAGGGACAACUCCCUGCAGAAACUCAACAUGCAGCUGCACAGCAAAGACAUGCAGUACCUGCAGCUGCACGCCGGCCCCGAUGCGCACAUGCUGGACUGUCCAGCGCUGACCCUCCAGAGUUCCCGCAGCCUGGACGCCCUGUCCGACCUAAAGCUGCAGCGGCUGGAGGCCGAGCUGGAGGGGGCGCGGCACGAGGCCCAGGGGGCAUGUCAGCGGGAAGAGGAGCUGAAGGGGGAGUGUGAGAGACUGAAGGAGGAGAUGAGGAUGCUGCAGAACAGCCAGAGGGACAGGGAAAUGACUUCCCCGUGCAAGCAGUGUGAUGUGGAGUGGAUAAAGAAGGUGGGAGAUGAGCAGGUGAAUUUGGCUCUGGCCUACACAGAGUUAACAGAGGAACUGGGACGCCUCCAAGCGCUGAGCUCCAAGCAGACGGAGAUCCUGAGGAAGGCGUCACAGGAGCAGGCGAGUCCAGUCCAGCGUCACUCUCCCAUCCACCACCAGCGCCACUCUCCAGUAUCUCAGCGCCACUCGCCCAUCUCACAGCGUCAUUCUCCGGUCCCGCCUCCGCCGCACCACUCCCCAAUCCAACAGAGACGCUCCCCGGUGCUGCAGCGCCUCUCCCCAGACAUGCACCGCCGCUCACCCCUGCUUGAUGUCAACGACGGACCAGCCUCUUACUCCUGCCGGCCACCCAGCCAGCACCUGAGGGCCAGCUUCCAGGGCCGUCGCAGUUACUCCGAGGUUGCCGACCCCUCUGCUUACCAGUGCCCGCCCCGCUUCUCCCUGGACCCUGUCUCCACCCUGCCUAAGCCCCGGCCCUACAUUGAGGGCUACGCAAAACAGCAGCCCCAACAUGUGGGCUCUCCUCACGGUGGACUGCAGCACAGAAGCUCCCCGUCUCCACAUCAAGGUGGUGCAGGAGACGGGGGCCACGGGGAGAGCUCCAUGCGCCACUCCAGAGAGAUGCCAUUCCCACUGUCUGAGGUGGCACACCUGCAUUUUGAGCCCCCUCCUCCUUCCACACCGGCCCCCCAGCCCCCACAGUCCUCUGAGGAUGAGGAGGAGUGGACCUGCCCGCAUCCCAUCAGCCCACCGCGGACGCUCGGCGUGCUCUCCUCUGCGGUGCCCAGUGGCGUCAUGAGAGGUCCGGCGUCCUGCUCAGUCUUCCCCAUCCCUCAGAGGUCAAACACCCUCACCUGCCACCCACAGCCGGGGUACAUGUCAGCAGAGCACGCUCAGUCCUGGCCUUCAAUCAACCUCUGGAUGGAGACCGAGGAGAGCGACAUGCGGAGCUGCCCUCUCUGCCAGCUGAUAUUCCCCGUCGGUUACCCUGACGAUGCCCUCAUCAAGCACAUUGACUCCCACCUGGAGAACAGCAAGAUCUGAUCACCAUGGCAACCAGCCCGCACACAUCUGCGCUCUCCUCUUAUAGAUUAUGCAAGAGGAUCGGCAGACCUGGCCAGGAUGGGAAGUCAGAAUGUGGGAUCAGCAGUUAGCCAUGUGCGAUAAUCUAUAGGUAGGGAUGCAAAAUGGGCGCAGAGGGGCCUGUUAUAUUUGGGAGGUACUUUAACACGGGUCUGUGCUGGACUUCUGUGGUCCACAUGCAGAGUCCUUUACUGAUCGCCCUGACGACAGCUGCCUGUAUAACUACUGGCUCUGGUCGCUGCUGUUUUGUUAUGAGUCUUGUUGUGCGGUUUCAGACAGUUUAAGAUAUCGUCUUGUUUUUCGCUUCAGUGCAGUUAGUACACUUUGAUUUAGCAAAGUAAGCCAAAGACGAGGUACGAGAGGCACGCUGGCAGGUUCAGAGGGCUCUGCAUGUUGAAAAGUUAGUUUCAGUGUUGUCAGUAAAUGAUCAGGGAGAUCUGAGGCGACUUUUCUUUGACGGUCUAUUUUCACCACUUAGCUUUAAACACUGUACACCUGCUUGGAAAUGUUCUCACACACAAACACUACAGUUUAUUCUGCAGAGGGUUCUGUGCAGGAAGCGGGCUUAUUGAAAUGAUCUGACAGAUACAUGUUGAUUAGUGGGGAUUUUAAGUUUUUGAUUAAGUGAGGCGAGGGCGACACUGUGAAGGAAUUCUGUCUGUCGAUCAGGGUUUUGAGGCCAGUUCACUUUCACUUCUCUGAAACAAGGUUUCCACGGCAGUUAGGAAAGUCUAAAACAUUCCAGUCUCACAUUUCAUCUCCGAACAAAUCAAGCUGGAGAAUAUGAAUGUGAAAGUGUAUUUGAAACCCAAACAGAGUCAUGAUGAUGCCCUGCAGGGCGGGGCACUGGUAUUGAUGCGUCUUCUCUACGAGUGGAGGGAAAGUUUUAGUCAGAAUUUACCUUUAUGCUUGCAGCUUGUUCAAAAAUCUAAGUAUCUUAGCACUUUAAGUUGGCAUAGCCUAUACGAUGUAUCCAGUUUCAGUCCCCAUAUAUAUUUUCCAUGUAUAAUUUACUAUUUAUAUUGUAAGGCAAAAAAUAUGAAGAUAUAUUUUUGCAGAAGUUAACGCACCACAUGUCUCAUGUUGGUGUUUCUCCCACGUGCUUGCACACUGUUGUACAUAGGAGUCGAAGGUCAAAAUCCCGCCGCAUGGGAUACUUUUCUGUAAAAAGACUUUGAAGUUAUCAACUGGGAUUCUCCUCGGUCUUCCUAAAGAUCUGACCUUCAAAACAGUUUGAUGUCACGACUGCCCAGACCACCCAACAAAAAAAAGAAGACACACAGCUGGCUGCAUGAGAUCAAGACUUGUGACCUGCUCUUGGGGAAAAAGUGGCAGACUUUUUAAGUGUACUGUAUUUCUAUCUCGGAGAUCUGAUACCAGAAAACUUCAUCUCCAAUCAGCAAAGUUAUCUCUGCAGGGUUUCAGCAAUGACAAUACUCUUCUUUUGAUACAUGGGUUUAAUUUUUAACACGAGUGGAAUCUUUACUCGAGAUCUGCUUGUGGGGACUUGAACUUCUUUUUGAAAAUAAAAAAAAGGAAAACUAAAAAACCAACAAAGUUACACUGAUGUCAGCUUAUCUGAGGCUUUCAGUUCCAUGUGCAGUUUCUAAUGUAGGGGACGUCCCUACUCACCCACCCAUGCAUUUAAACUGGUUUGAAGUUACCGAAGAGGUGAAAUGUGGUAGAUUAGAGCACACAAGGGCAGUGAUUGUGGCGGCAGGAUGAUGUAGGACACUGGUUUUAAGUCCUACCCCACUGAUGUUUAGCAACACACUGAACCCCUACUAGCUCUGGAGGCUUCGCUCCAGGCGACAACUUUUCUGUGAAGGUUUAAAGAAAAAGAACGUUCAAAUGGGGGUCGAGGAACAUCAGAUGAAAGGAUAACUGGUUUAUUACCAUUUGAACCUCAUUUUAGUGGGUUUGAACACUGGUUCUAUUGGUUACAAUAAUACUCUACUCACCUUGUUGAUGACUCUGGAAAAGCGCUACCGUUGCUAAUUGCUGUUUUUGGCGAGCUAACAUGCUACAGUGUAGCUACCCAGCUCAUUGUUCAUCAUUGUUCAUCAACGGAAAAUAACUGGCUCCAAGCUGUUAGCAAGAGCUUGUUAGCUCAUUAGCUUAGCUUUGUCGAAGUUUAUUUAGAAGAGUUAUUUGCACUGUCAGCUCCUGUCACGUAGCCUGCUAACCACGUCUCUUUCGUAAGGGCAGUUUGACUCCAACAGACAAAGUUUUAUAAAAGUGAAUGUUGCAACGAGGCCAACAGCUUCUGCCAUUUUGGAUUCUCUAACUUUCUGUUCUCUAAAAGUUCUGCAUUGUCAUGAUGACUUGCUGCUGGUAAAUGGUAAGAAUUCACCGCUCAAUGUUCACUCAAGAUGCUGCAAAAAAGAAAAACAAAAACAAACAAAAAAAAAAAAGGUACAAAUUUAUUUUGCCAAACCAACAAUCAUGGCAGCUGGAAUGACUUAAAGUCUUUAAUUUUGCCAUUUCAAAUGCUGGUGUUGAGGCCUGUUGCCCGUUUCAUUUUAGUCCAUUUAGAGACCCUAAAGAAAGCCAAGGGUGUAUUACGGUAAAGGCGCCUUGCCUUACCAGAAACAAAGCACGCCUCCACUAACAUCAGAAGAAAUUAUUGCACUUACUGUAUUUAAAAGCAGAGGCUACAUAUUUAAAGGGUAACCUCCAUAUUUUUAGCCUGGACCCUGUUUUCCCAUGUUGAGUGAUUGAGUGAGUGAGACAGCAGCCUGUAGCGGCAAAGCGGGCUGCAAUGUAACCACUCGUGACAUUUAUGCACCAUUUACUUCCACUAAAAGAGCUUGUUUUCCUCACUGACAGGCUCAAAUUAUUAUUCUAAGUGUCUGACAACUUAUGGAAAGGAUCCCCACAGAGAUAGACCUUUUUAUUCAAGAGCAAGAACGUUUUUGUUUCACCAAAGACAGUCCCAAAAUUGUUAUCAGCAUAUCCACCAGAUUCCAUUUAAAAAAGCUAUAAGUUUAGCGUGUAUAGAGUCAGCAUAUUUUUACAUGUACCUGGAUAAAUUAAGAAGUUUAUUCUAGCCAAACCAAAGAUGGUGAUUGUUGGAACAAGGGAAAGAUAAGCCGAGAUGUUUUUUGUAAGAUUUAUUUUGUGUCCGUUGACUUGAAUGACAUAUGUUUAACAGUGAUAAAAUUACUGUUAUUUAAAUGAAGUCUGGUGGUUUUGGCCGAAGCAAUUUCAGGGCUAUUUUUGGUUAAACAAAAUAUCUGUAGGGAUAUUUUAAAUAUAAUAUCAGACACUUAAAGUAAUAAUCUGAACAUGUCGGUAAGAAAAACAAGCACUUUAAGUGGACGUAACCUGACGGUGCCAAAUACCCCUACGUUUUUACAUUGCAGCCUGUUUUGUUGCUGCCAUCUGCCGAAGUCCUGCUCAAUACUAGACCAAUUUCAAAAACUGGUGUUCUGAUGAGUCAAUUAUAUUCAAAAAUAUGAGAAAAAAGGGUCCAGUUUGAAAAAUACUAAAGCUACCCUUUGAAUAAUUUUAGAAGCCCUAAAAAGUGAGUUACAGUGUGUUACAGUAGAGGCACUAAAAUAAAGUGCGUCUCCACUAACAUCAGAAGAAAUGAUUGCAUUAUUAUGAAAUAUAAAAUAAGCGGAGGCUGCGCAUUACUGAAUGAGCCCAGUAUUAUGAAUUGAUCACAAGAUGAGCUGCAUCAGGUUUUGUUUGAUCCAGCUCAGCGGGUGACAUCGAUUGAUCCCGUCGUACUUUCACUUUGCAGCAAUUAUAAGAAAAGCAUGUUGCAAUGUUGGGGUGACAAAAAAAACAACUUUGAGUUUUCACAAAUGGGAAAUGCACCUACCACCUCCACUAACCACGUCCUGGGGGAAACCCUGAAAACGGCUCAGAAUUUCACAAGAAAAGAGGUGAAGUUCAGAGUAAUCUGAAAAACAAACACCAUUAUAUUCCUGCCCCAUUAAUCAUCUUCAUGACCCCUCAUGGGGGUUUUGAUCUGGAUAAACAAUUUGCUCGUUUAUAAUCUGCCUGAUCAUCUGACUGUUUGUGUUUUUGCCCCGUCAGACUCAGAGAUUUGAACAAUUAACUCUGUCAUUAUUGUAACCGAUAGAACCAAGCUGAAAUAAACUGGAAUGAUCCUUUAAAGAGCUUCAUCCUGAGGUGUACAAUAAAAACUUCAAGGCAGUACGAAGAUACUUGACCAUUAAACCGAAGGGGGCUUUAAUGACUCCCAAUUACUCUAUACUGUAUGUAUGUUCCUAUAUCACUCUAUGUAAAAAGAAAAAAUAUUUAAAGUUGUGUACAGACAGGUUAUUUUGCAAGUGUGUAAGGCUAAUGCAACGUGUACUCUAUUACUCAACAACUUCAAAUUGGAGUGUCUGUAAAUCAGUAUAUAAUCCUAGCCACCACCACCACACUACGUAUGAAUUAUAUGCGAGUUAUAUACAAGUACUACCCUACACCUUUCCUCUUUUACUCACUACGUAGUGGUAUGUCCUCUAGUCAACCAAUAUCCAAUGGCAGUCGCAGCCUGCAGAUAAACAUCGGUUUAUUUUAAGCUGUGGGAUGUGUAAUAGUGUGCACUUUCAGGCUUUGUCACAUGUGACAUUAAAUGAUCUGGACUAGAAGUGCACCAGGUUGGAGGAAAAAUCAAAAAUGAAUGUUUUUCUGAAGGUUUCAGUCCUUAUAAAGAAAGUGUGUGAUGCAUAUUUUUCUAGUGUGAUUUAUCACUGAGAGAAGACAGAAAGAAGCACAACGAUCAAACUGUGUCUUCACUGACGAUGAUGUAAUGAUGCAUCAUAAACCACAAAUACUUAAAGUGUAUUUGGAAACUUUACGUUAUAACGAUGUAAUUUGGUAUGAAUUUGAAGUCACGCUGCUGCUUUUUUUGCAGUGCAGUGGUUAAAGAUUUCACAAACAAUAUGUACUCCCCCACCACUCAAAGAGAGGACUUGCGUCAACUCACAACCAAAGACAACAAAUUAUUUCCUGUAUUUUGAGAAGCAGAGGACACAGUUAGUGUUUCACAUUCAUGUCAGUGUGUGGGGAGGUGGUGCAUUGUGGUUAGUGGUGCUUGGAUGCUCACAAACCACAACCUGUUGGCCAGCAGCAGCGACGCAGAGCGAUCAUGCCCCGUAUGAGCUCAAGAUGUGACGUGCACCGAUGUUUAUGCUCGACACAUUCACACGUACAGACGCUGUGCUGAGGUCAGUCACCUUAAUAUUAGAAUCGCUAGUUCAGGUUUGAGAUUUUUCUUUUCUUCCUCAUCUGUUUUUCCUCAUUGUUGUGUCCUAACAGCAACCUGUCUCCUUGGUUAACUCAGGAGAUGAACAGAGAGACAAAUCCAGAUCUGUCAGCGUUAGAUUACGAUUUCUUUAUCAUGAAAUUUCACUCAAAUUUUCCUCAGAUUUACUCAGGAGGAAAACAGCUAGGUCCAACAAAGAGUAACAGUUAAAAACAACCUCUUCAUUCCUGUAUAGCUCUCCUACGUGAGUCAGGUUGUUCUCCUGGGUAACACUAAGCGCACAUGAAGACCUCAGCACUAAUGAACUCUCCACAACACUAAUGAGAAGUAAUGUCGACUCUACGAGGUUUUGUGUGGCGGAACAACACCGCUGGCAUUCAAGGACUUUUAUGAGUGUGAUAAAGAAAAGAGAGCAGCAAACAGAGGUAUAUAAAGAGUCACUUUUUCUUUCUCUCUCUGUCUGUAAAUAUU